GGAGCUUCCAUAGGGCACAAGGGGUUGUCUCCAGGCUCACCACUUGGCACCCAGCCUUGAGCUUUCUCCAGAAACAACAUCUCCAUACCUCUAACACAACAUUGCCAUUCGGCUUGGUUGACCUCCCUACCACCAGCCAGUUCCCAUAUCAUGCCCGUCUAAUUCCAAUCCAAUCAAUUUACUAUCUCAACAUGUGGAUUCUGCCUCUUGUUGGCUAUCUCGGCUCCAUCGCGGGCUUCUGUUUUCUGACCCUGGCUAUUGCCUCGGGUCUAUACUACCUGUCCGAAGUUGUCGAAGAACAUACCGUUGUUGCCAAGCGCUUCCUUACUCGACUUAUCUACACCAUCAUCGUCAUCCAGCUUCUACUAUGCCUUGUCGACCGAUUCCCCUUCUUCCUAACACUGCUCAGUGUUGGCUCCCAUGUCGUCUACUUGGGUAAUAUGCGGAGGUUCCCCUAUGUCAAAUUGACAGACCCGUUGUUCCUGUUGUCAUGCGGCCUCGUUCUCGUCAACCAUUACCUGUGGUUCAAGCACUUCUCGGGUCACCAAGAGCGCGCCUACCAAAACAUGACUUCUUACUACGACAUGCCAUCCAACGUUCCCACCUUCACCGAGAUCGCAUCCUACUUCGGCAUUUGCGUAUGGCUGGUUCCUUUCGCCCUCUUUGUCAGCUUGUCGGCAAGUGACAAUGUCCUGCCCACCAUGGGUAAUGAGGCCUCUUCGAGCGGUGGCGCUGGCGGUGUCGGUGGUGAUGGUACAAGGGCAAGACGAGGGCAGGGCCUGAUCAAGUCCGUUGUCGACAACAUCCUGGGGGCUGUGGGAGGAGUUACGUCCACAGUGGGCUGGAAGAAGUCCGACGAUCGGCUAUAGGAGGUCUAGGGCACUGUGAGAAAGAGGAGGGCCAGUUAUUAUAAAUUUCGUGUAAGUUCUCGUGUCGGCGAGAUAGCAGUGUCAACCGCACGCUAAUCACAUACCUAGAUCGAUAUUGAGCAAAAACAAGC